AUGUUCUCUGGCUGGAAGAGACCCAUGUUCCUGCUCGCUCAUGAAGACUCAGAACCCACCACGGCACCCUUUAGCGCCGGGAUGCUCAACAUCACCUCCCAAGUCCUCCAGCCCACUGGUAACGUGACCCUCUCCCAGGGCCAAGGCUGCCUGUCCACAGAGCUGUGGAGCUGGCUCAACAGCAUCCAGGCGCCCUUCCUCUGGGUCAUCUUCGUGCUGGCAGCGCUCGAGAACAUCUUUGUCCUCAGCGUCUUCUGCCUGCACAAGAGCAGCUGCACGGUGGCGGAGAUCUACCUGGGCAACCUGGCCGUGGCUGACCUCAUCCUGGCCUGUGGGCUGCCCUUCUGGGCCAUCACGGUGGCCAACAACUUCGACUGGCUCUUCGGAGAGGUCCUCUGCCGUGUGGUGAACACCGUGAUCUACAUGAAUUUGUACAGCAGCAUCUGUUUCCUGAUGCUGGUGAGCAUUGACCGGUACCUGGCCCUGGUGAAGACCAUGUCCAUGGGCCGCAUGCGCAGGGUGCGCUGGGCAAAACUCUACAGCCUGAUCAUCUGGGGGUGCACCCUGCUGCUGAGCUCGCCCAUGCUGGCUUUCCGGACCAUGGAGGAGUACAGCGAAGAGGGCCACAACGUCACGGCGUGCAUGAUCAGCUACCCGUCCACCACCUGGGAGGUGCUCACCAACGUCCUGCUGAACCUGGUGGGCUUCCUGCUGCCCCUGAGCAUCAUCACCUUCUGCACCGUGCAGAUCAUGCAGGUGCUGCGGAACAAUGAGAUGCAGAAGUUCAAGGAGAUGCAGACGGAGAAGAAGGCCACGGUGCUGGUUCUGUCAGUGCUGCUGCUGUUCGUGGUGUGCUGGCUGCCCUUCCAGGUCAGCACCUUCCUGGACACGCUGCACAGCCUCGGCUUCUUCACCGACUGCCCGGAAGGGCAGGUCAUCGACGUCUUCACGCAGAUCAGCACCUACGUGGCUUACAGCAACAGCUGCCUCAACCCGCUGGUGUAUGUCAUCGUGGGCAAGCGCUUCCGCAAGAAGUCGUGGGAGGUGUACGGGGGCCUGUGCGGGAAAGGGGGCUGCGGGCCGGAGCCCACCCAGAUCGAGAACUCCAUGGCCACCAUGAGGACCUCCAUCUCGGUGGAACGCCAGAUCCACAAAGUGUCCAACUGGGCAAGGAGCAGCCAGUGA